UCCUUCAAUCCUUCUCUCUCCUUCUUCUCAAAAAACCCUAAUUCCUGAUUUAAAAAACCCCCUAUUUACUUUGUCUCUCUCAAUUUAGCGAAAAAGCCCUAGGUUUUCAAACAAUGCCGGAACUGAACGCCAAGCACCACACUCUGAUCCAAGCUCUGCUCUCUCGUGGCCCACUCAAAGAGGCCCGGUUCCACCGCAUGUUCUCGGAGCUCACCGGAGAAACCCCAGGUGUUCGUCGGAAGGCGUUUGAUGACUAUCUUCUGAGGAUAAACAAGGCGCUUUCGUAUGUUCAGUUUGAGCUGCGGGCAUGCAGGAAUCAGUAUGAUGGUCAGGUUCAUUAUGGAGUUGUCAAUAAUGUUUCCGACGACGAAUCGAAGCUGGGAACUACUUAUUCUGUUGCGCAGAUUGCUUUCUAUAAGGCUAUUGCAAGUUCCAAAGUCUUUUUACUGGUUUAGAAACUCAUCUUAUUGCAUCUGUUUAUUUAGCUUUUACUGUAAGAUGACUUUGCUGCUUUCUGAUUAUCUUUAGUGUAUCAGCUAUGCUGUGACUGUGCGUUCCAGAAAAAAUGUUGGGUUCCUUGUAUCGUGAGUUAACUGUUACAAACAACUCAACAAUUUAGUUGUCUAAAGUGGAACAAUGUGCGUGAAGGGGAGGGUAUGUGAUGAGAAUAUAUGCUGUGUUAAUGGUGGUGACCAGGUGCAUGUGUUGAGUCAAGGAGGAAAAUGCUGAGAUGUGGUCUCUUCAUUGGAAAUCUGAAGUAUCAACCUCCUUAAGGUUUUGAAAUGCCUCCUUGCAUUUGCCACUACUGGCUUAGUGCAGCUUUGUGAUCGAUCAGACGGAAUAGAUUGACAAGCUAGCAAAAAAAGGCCGCCCGGGGGGUGGUUGCGGGUUUAGAAAUCUGUUGGACGUCUUAGACAACCUCAGUUUCUAAUAGAGUUUGAAGAAGCGUGU